AUGCCGGGAAGGAUUGAUCGAGAGAUAAAGGAUCUAGGAGUCUAUUGUCCUAAUGAUGAGUGCCAAUGGAAAGGAAUCAUUAAGGGCAUAGAGACUCAUAUUACUGAAUGUCCUUACCAGAGUAUUGAGUGCAGUAAUGGCUGUGGAGAGAAUAUGCAAAGAAUGGAAAUGGAGACACAUGUAUCCAAGGAAUGUCCUAAGCGUACUGCUACUUGUACACAUUGUGAAGAGACUGGUGUUCAUAACAUAAUAUCUACCAAUGCUCACUUAGACGUGUGUCCUCUCUUUCCCAUUACAUGCACUAAUGAUGAAUGUGAUGUAGUUUCUCCUCGUAAUCAGUUAUCAGCUCACAAAACGACUUGUCCUAAGUCUAUAGUCAAAUGUGAGUACAGCAGUGUUGGUUGUUCUAAGAGGAUGAAGCGAGAGGUACAGGAGGAGCAUAAUGAAUCAUUUGUAAAGAAACAUCUUCAACUAGCAGUCAAUGUAUUGCAAAAUCGAUUGCCUUCAAAUUCCAAAGUUGUUAAGCUCAGUGAUUUUAACAACAAGAAGUUAAAGAAUGAAAAGUGGUAUAGUUCUCCUUUCUACGCCUCACCGAGAGGUUAUAGGGUGAAAUUAGGUGUUAUUGCUAAUGGUGAUUGUGAUGCUAAAGGUACUCAUGUGUCUGGUUACAUUCAUUUUGCACAUGGAGAAAAUGAUAAUGAUUUAGAGUGGCCAUUUAAAGGAGUUGUCACUAUUGAAUUAUUGAACCAACUGGAGGAUAGCAAUCACAAAGUAUAUACUCUGAAAUUCAAUGAUUCAGUACCUAACUCUUGCAAGGAUAAAGUUGCUGAAGGAGAAAUUGGCCGUGGCUGGGGUUGGCAUGAAUUUGUUCCUCAUUCUGAGUUAGGCCACAAUGCCGCUGACACCAACUGUUGCUACCUCCUCAAUGAUUGUCUUCAUUUUAGAAUAACUGUAAACGCUACCUACAAUAAACCAUGGCUUGUUUGA